GUGCUAUGGUAAGGUUACUGCAUUGUGGCCUGAAUAUCGCAUGUUCAAAUCAUGAAAAUAGCCUCUUCGCUUGUAGGGAUUAGAAGGCUGUGUCCCAACCGGUCAUUUUGCAAUUUUUAUGGCACCUUAUUAAGUUUCUUUAGUUCUUGAUGUUACCAAACGUGAACCGUAUGUUACGUCCUUAUGGGAUAAGUGGUUUGUGUUUUUAUCGGAGAGUAUUUAUUCGUGUAGUCUUGCAGGAUAGGUACUGAACAUGAGAAGUUCGGCUUUGAGUUUGGAAGCUUGCGUCCAAUGAAGUACGAGCAAAUAACAGAGUUGUUGAAUGGCAUUGCUGAGAGAUUUGAGUGGGAUAAGAUAAUGGAAGGUGAUAAAAUUAUUGGACUCAAACAAGGGAAGCAGAGCAUAUCAUUGGAGCCAGGUGGUCAGUUUGAGCUUAGUGGAGCCCCUCUUGAAACCUUGCAUCAGACUUGUGCUGAAGUUAAUUCACACCAAUAUCAGGUUAAAGCUGUUCCAGAGGAAAUGGGGAUUGGAUUUUUGGGGAUGGGCUUCCAGCCAAAGUGGGGAAUCAAAGACAUACCUAUAAUGCCAAAUGUGAGAUGUGUGACGAUCGUUGAGCUGAUUUAUCCUUGAGCAAUGCUGAUUUGAAGAUGGUGAAAUGAAUAUCUUCUGAAAGAAAAUUAAUCAGUUCAAUUCAUGACAAAUAAAGCUCUUGUAUUGGUAGUCAGGCUGAAGAGGUAUUUGGAGAUGAGAGGUGCUGAUGGAGGGCCAUGGAGAAGGUUAUGUGCCUUACCAGCACUUUGGAGAGAUGCUUGAGCCUUUGUUAUGUAUUGCUGUUGCAAUUGGCCUGCACUUGGACAUUUCAUACCCUAUUUAUUUCCAGAAUUGGUAUGUCACAUUGCUUUCCUUCCGUGCUAGGAUGAUAUGGUUACUAUCUAUUUGCAACUUAUUCUAAGAUAUUCCAAAUAUUGUUAUAAAAUUAUACAAAAUGGUUGAACUGAGAAAUUUAUAUGCAUAUCUUUAGAAUUAUCUCUCAGGAAUAGUGGUGGCAAAUUGCAUGUGAUCAACUUGUGCAUGUUACAUAUUUCAAGAUCAAGAUGUGACACA